GAGAACUACUGCGACAUGCGGAUCAGCCUGAACCAGAAGCCCAACAGCAGCAGAGACUUUGGCUUCCAGGCAGCCUGGGACUCAACCGGAGCUCGAGUCACGUCCAUCCAGCCAGGCAGCUCGGCUGAGAUGUGCCAGCUCCAGGCCGGAGACGAGGUGCUGACAGUGAACAGCCAGCAGGUGGCAAAAAUGAGCUACACAGACUGGAAGUCCUGCAUGGAGGAGGCUCUGCAGGAGGGCAGCCUGGUCAUGGAUGUUCGCCGUCAUGGCAAAAACAACUGGGACAGAGACCAACCUUCCCUGCCAUUUAAAAGCCAUAAGACCAUCAAUCUGACCAGUACGGAUCAUCCGAUACUUCUAGGUUCCCCUGAUUCAAACACCUCAAACUCCAGCCUGGACUUCACCUCGCGCAUGACCUCGGAAAUGCUGCUGCCCAAAGAGCUUCCCGCCAACCCAGGCGUCGAUUUGGCCUCAAACAGAGUUAAUGGAAGUUUCCAUGAGAAGCCGGUGACCAUGAGGAACAAAGAGUCAGAACCCAUAUCUUUGAAAAACUUAAAACGGCGAUCAGAGUUUUUUGAACAAGGAGGAUCAGAGUCUGCGAUGCCAGAUAUACCUGUUCCUUCAAUCACUCUCCCCUCCAGCCGCUGGUCCUGGGACCCAGAGGAGGAGCGCAGGAGACAAGAAAAAUGGCAGAAGGAACAGGAGCGCCUCCUACAGGAGAAAUAUAAGCGUGACCAGGAGAAGCUGCAGGAGGAGUGGCUGAAGGCUCAGGAGGAGAUCAACACGACCGUGGACCAGCCAGAUUCAGCAAAGCCCAGCAGCCUGGAGGGGAACAGCUACAGCAUCAGCCCACACUCGCCCCUCUUUCCUGUCAACCAGCCUACUUCUUCUCAGUGGGAAGAGGAAGAGAGACAGAGGAAGGAGGAGCAGGAGCGCCGAAGGCAGGAGGAGGAGAAGAGGAAGCGGGAGGAGGAGGAACGAGAGCUGUGGCGUCUGCGGGAGGAGAGGGAGAGGAAGGAGAGGCAGGCAGAGGAGGAGAGGAAGAGGAGGGAGGAGGAGAAGAGKAAGCGGGAGGAGGAGGAGAGAGAGCUGCAGCGUCUGAGGGAGGAGAGGGAGAGGAAGGAGAGGGAGGAGAGGGAGAGGAAGGAGAGGCAGGCGGAGGAGGAGAAGAGGAAGCGGGAGGAGGAGGAGAGGGAGAGGAGGAAGAGGGAGGAGGAGGAGGAGAGGAAGAGGAAGGAGGAGGAGCUGAGGAAAAGAGAGGAGGCGAGGGAGGAGGAGCGGAGGUGGCAGGAAGCUUUGGAGCAGCAGCACAGAGAGCGGGAGCGAGCCUUCCAGCAGCAGCAGCAGCAGCAGCAGCAGCAGCAGUGGGCUGCUGACUCCCAUGGCUUUAAUGUGCAGCCUGCACUGUCCUUUUCUGACAGGGCAAAAUCCAAAUCGUCUCCCCAGCUCGAUGCAGAGGACAAACCUCAGAGGAGAGGUGAGAACGUACAGCAGGGGGGCAUGGCCCAUUGGCUGCUGGAGGAGCAGAUGAGGAGUGAGCGUGUCAAGCAGACCCGGAGUCAGAGGGCUGCGUCAGAGCUGGAGAUGGAGCGGAGGAACAUCCUCAACGCCAUGAGAUACAGAGAGCCGGAGAGAGUGACAGGUGGAGGUGGCCUGGAUGAGAGUAAGAGUCAACAGGCCCUGUCACAGGCUGAGCUGGAGCGGCAGCAGAUCCUGAACGAGAUGAAGAAGAAAGCGCCGCUGCUGACUGACAGCAGCUGGAUCCGCCAGCGCUCUGCUAACGCGGCCACCAACAAGGAGAGUGACUUGCCACCCAUGCGAAGAGGCGACUCCCUUGACAACUUGGACGCCUCCUACAACUCGUGGCGCUCGUCGUGGACACCCAGGAGCAACUCUUACGUCCAAAACUACGCCCGGCCUCACUCUGCCUUCUCCGGCAGCUCUUCCUUUUACGCCGGCGGACACAGGCUCCAGAGGCCCGUUUCCGCCACCCUGCCCUCAUCCUACUCCAUGGGCUCCCUUCGAGGCGGGGCAGGAACCCCCUCGACCCCCUGGUCCCGGCAGACACCUUCCCCCUCGCCCUCGUCUCCGUCACCCACCACCACUCCGGAGCCUAUGUCCGAGGCCGGGAGCAGGUCAGUGAGUGGCAAGAAAAUCUGUACGUUCUGUGACAGCCCUCUGGGAAAGGGAGCGGCCAUGAUCAUCGAGUCCCUGGGGCUCUGUUAUCAUUUGAGCUGCUUUAAGUGUAUCGACUGUAAGGCUAACCUCGGAGGAACGGAAGCUGGGGCUGAAGUCAGAAUACGAAACAAACAGCUCUACUGUAACUCCUGCUACAUGCGAUUCAAAACCGGUCAGCCCACCGCUAUGUGACAUCACUGUCCUCCAGCAGAUCGACGAAGAGACUACUUGUGACAACAACCCAUGAACACCGGCUCCGUCGCAAACAGCCGGAAACCCUCGGCUCGGACACACCUCCAUUUACGACUCUAGAAAUCUCCCUUUUGUCUCAUUGAGCAGAAUCAUGUUUUGUGUUUUUACAGUGUGCGAUUGAGAGGGUAUGAGCUUGCAAAGACAUUAUCUACUUUAACAUGUUUAUAUCGUAUUAAGUAUUACAGCCAUGCAAAUUGUAAGGGUUGUGCAUGCACCAGAGCUUUUUUUUUUUUUCGAUGUUUUAGCCGUUAAACUAGUCGAGCAAUAAACAGACUUUAAGAUCCCACAGGCGGGGGCUGUCAUAUGAGACAGAUUUUCCAGAUAUGAGAAAGAACCCUGCAGGAUCAUCCUCCUUCUCGUUUUCACGCUUGUUUUGUUUUCUGCUGAAUCUCGUGGUUAUAACGUGUUUGUCAGCCAAGGUGUUCUCGUCAUGUGUAUGUGCCUUUUUCAUUGGUAACAGGGAGAAGUGAUUAAGAUUAUCAGAAUUCUUUCAAAAUAUAUUUAAAAAGAGAAACUUCUGCUUGGAUAGCACUUGUCUGGAGUUAUUGCUGAUAGAUGGAGGAUUGUACACAGAAGCAGGUUUCCACGUGAAGAUUAUAUAUCCCAUUGAAUGGCAUUGAGGCAAAAUGGUAACAUUUGUAAAUAAAACGACUAAAUCCUCA